AUGGCCCGCCAUGGGAAGACAAAGGCUCGCGCCAAAAGGGUGCCCAGGCCGGAUCCUGGACCCCUACCGCCGCAGUUGACGAUGCAGCAAGAGGCUCGAAACACUGAAACACAUCAUCGAUGGUGGACUACCAGCCUGCGCCACAAGGCCGUCCAAUUCGUGAGCGCUGGAGAUCUCGAGCCAAGCGACGAGUUGAAGGACUCCCACCAGGCAGCACAGACGGACCAGGCAGAGAAGCAGGCGGAAUCGGAAACGGAGCGCAGAGAGACGGAGGGCGAGCCCGGACCGACGAAAGAUGACCCCAUGCCCAUAUUUUUCAUCGACCGAACAGGCCAAAAGAUCGAGGAUGCAGAGUUCCCCGACCCAGAACCACUGCUGGACCGGUCAGACUUGGACACGUCGAGCGAGGAUGAGGUUGUGUUCUCCGGACGUAGGAAGAGCCCCCGGUCCCUGCCAUAUGUCUCCAAUCGACCGGUACGGGUCGAGACUACUGGAGACGAGCUGCGAGAGUUCCUCGACGCCUCCGCUGAUCGACCCCUGACAUCGGUCACGCCGCCGACGGAAACUGCGCAAGCAGACCAGAUGCCUGGUACCCAACCCACGAGCCAUGCCGAGUCCAACCCAAAACAACUAUGGACACUGUAUUCGCAGCAGGAGGAUGACAUGAUCGCCGACUACAUCGCCAACAUGGACAGUGAUUACUGUGACGAGGACACACACUCCGCUCUUCACGAAACCCAAGGGGGUAUUACCAUCGACAAAGCCACACCGCAACAAGAUCUGUCAAUACAGGUCCCAGUGGAAUCAUCUGGACACCCCAGUAUCCAAGCCGAAAAUGAAAGCGAGGUUCAUGUUCAAAAUUCUAUCGAUGGUAAGCCCAGGGAAGCCAUCUGGACGGAGAGAAUGAUGAGUGAUUCUGAUAUCGGGGAACCAGUACUGGCAAACAUGCAUCUCGACCCCGACCCUGCCUCAACCGCUGUGUCGGACGAAGACGAGGAAACAGCAGACGAAUCAGAGGAGGAGUCUGACCUGGACGAGGACGACGACAUGGAUACCGUGGACAUUGACCUGCUACAGGAGCAACUGGACCGGUACACCAGAGCACAGAGAAAGAAACAUGGGUUCGUAUCGGCAACAGCCUUCGCCGAUGCGCUCGAAUCCGACCCCUACUAUGGACUUGAUAUCAUGGACUUUAACCGGCCCAGCCUACGGAAAAAGAGCAAGGGCAAGCAGCCGCGUUUCGACCUGGACAUUUCCGACAGCGAGCUAGAGUUCGAGCUGGAGCAGGCAUGGGAGAACGAUCGGCGAACGAAGAAGAUCAAGAAGAAGGAGCGCGAACAACUACGAGCCGAAGGGUUGUUGGGGAGAAGCACCAAAAGUGCAGAUUUGAAGGUCAAGUACCCAAAGGAUAUGAACAUGGAAGACUUGAUCACGGAAAUGCGGGCGUUCCUCCUGUCGCCGAAGAGCAGUCUCUCCCUGCCCCCCAUGAACAAGCAGCGUCGAAAAAUGGUGCACGAGCUGGCGAAUGUUGUAAGUCUCAAGUCCCAGUCCAAGGGCAACGGACAGACCCGAUUUCCGAUCCUCGUCAAAACUUCCCGCACCCCCGGAUACACCCGCAAGACCAUCUCCAAAGUCGACGAACUCCUGUCCGGGCGGAGGCUCAACCGUCGGUUGUUCAAAUCCUGGGGCCAGGAUUCAUCAAAACCAUCCAAGACCAAACGAGGAGGGGCUUCGGGUGGUCCUGGCGUUUCCUACGUGGAUGGAGAUGUCGUCGGUGGCUCGGCUCCCGAGAUUGGAGCAGAGAACCGUGGCCGGGCCAUGUUGGAGAAAAUGGGAUGGAGCACUGGCACCGCGCUUGGGGCCACCAACAACAAAGGCAUCUUGUUGCCGGUGGCGCAUGUGGUGAAGAACACCCGAGCCGGGCUUGGCUGA